AUGAGCAGACGUGGAAGCCUUGCUGCCGUGGCACCCGGCAUGAUGGGGCCCAUGCGCUUCGACGCGUGCCUCGCCCCGGGUGCCGCCGACGAGGUAGGGGCCACCGCCAAGCCCGACGCCUCCUCUGCCCCCGCCGCUGCUGCAGGCGCCGGCGGAGACCACCACGCCCCUCUCGACCCGUCCGCCCCCGGCUCUCUCUACGAAGGAGAGCGUACAAAGGAGGGCAAGCGGCAGGGGCGGGGCGCCUACGCGUGGCGCAAUGGGGUGGCCUACUCAGGCGAGUGGCGGGACGACAAGAUGGAGGGGCCGGGUGUCAUGCGCUACGCCGACGGCACCGUGUGCGAGGGCACCUGGCGCAACAACCGCCAGCACGGCCGCGGCAAGAUCGUGUGGCCCAGCGGAGACUCGUACGAGGGGGACUGGGAGGAGGACAAGCGCACGGGGCGCGGGGUCUACCGAUGGGCCGACGGGCGCCGCUACGAGGGCGAGUUCGUGGAGGGGGUGCGCACGGGCACCGGUCGAUGCGAGUGGCCCGACGGGACCGUGUACGAGGGCCAGUGGAUCGACGGCCUCGUGGACGGCCUGGGCACUUUCUGGUGGGCCGACGGGCGCAAGUACGAGGGCACCUGGACCAAGGGCGCACGCACCGGCCACGGCUCCUACACCUGGCCCUCCGGCAGCGUGUACGUCGGGGAGUGGAAGGACGGGAACCGGGAGGGCUACGGCUGCAUGUACUGGGCCAAGUCGGGCGACCGCUACGAGGGCCACUGGGCCAACGACAACCUGUCCGGCUACGGCACCUACGUGUGGGGCGACGACGCUCGGGAGUACACGGGCGAGUGGCGGGAGGGGCUGCGGUGGGGCCAUGGCACGAUGUCCUAUGCCGAGGGGGACAGCUACGUGGGCGAGUGGGCCAACGACAAGCGGGAGGGCCACGGCCAGUGCACGUGGGCCGACGGGCGCGUGUACCGGGGCGCGUGGAGGGCCAACUUCCGCUGCGGGCUGGGCAAGAUGACGUGGCCCUGCGGCGCCCUCUACGAGGGCCAGUGGGACAACAACAAGUUCAACGGACACGGCGUCUACUCGUGGGCCGACGGACGGCGCUACGUCGGACAGCUUAAGGACGGCAUGCGGUGGGGCAAGGGCUUCAUGGUCUACGCUGACGGGGACACGUACGAGGGCUCGUGGCGCGAGAACAAGGCCGACGGCCCCGGCUCCUACGUCGAGGCCGACGGCACCAGGUACCAGGGCCACUGGCAAGGCGGGAAGCGGCACGGGGCCGGGGCACUGCGCUGGACGGACGGGAGGCGGUACGACGGCCAGUGGCGCGACGACAAGCGCUGCGGCAACGGACGCAUGGUGUUCGCCGUCGGAGACGUCUUCGACGGCCACUGGCAAGACGACAAGCGCAACGGGUGGGGCGUUUACAUCCACUGGGACGACGGCCAGCGCUACUACGGCCACUACCGCAACGACAAGCGGCACGGCAGCGAUGGCGUGCUGGUCACCGACACCCACUACACCGGCGGGGACCGCCUGCUCGUGGAGUACAAAGAAGGCGCCCUGCAGAGGUCGCGAAGGAUGGCCGCCGACUACGAGAUCUCGAUGAUGUCCUUCUCCGGACUGCCCUACCGCACCCACACCCUGCGCUACUAG